CAACGUCACUCGUUUAUCUUAAAUUACGGUUCAUGCGAAUUCGUUGUGUAUUCAGGUCAUUUAGACGUUGUCGUUGUUCCCAAGGACAUUUAGAACAAAAGUCAUGUUACUCUCACUGACCAAAUUGGAACCAUGUCUCGUUUGCAUUGGUUUGGUUUUAGCCUUAGGUGACUCAGUUGAAGGUGCCAUCCAUCGACGAAAGGACACCAAAGGUUCACAAUGGUGGGAAAAUACCAUAGUGUAUCAAAUUUAUCCAAGGUCGUUCAAAGACUCGAACAAUGAUGGUACAGGGGAUUUGAAAGGAAUUGAAUCCGAGUUGGAUUAUUUUGUGGACCUCGGCAUUGAAACGAUUUGGUUGUCCCCUAUCUUCAAGAGCCCGAUGAAAGACUUUGGAUAUGAUAUCUCAGACUUUAACGAUAUAGAUCCAAUCUUUGGGACCAUGAAGGAUUUCAAAGACUUGCUACAAGGCGUUCAUGAGCGUGGCAUGAAGCUCAUUCUUGAUCUAGUACCCAAUCACUCCAGUGACGAGCACGAAUGGUUCAAAAAAUCACUUCGAAAAGAAGAGCCAUAUACCGAUUAUUACACAUGGAGAGAUCCGUCCGGGUUCGACGAAAAUGGUGAACCCAUUCCUCCAAAUAACUGGGUGAGCGUGUUCCGUUUCUCUAUGUGGCAAUGGGAAGAGAAACGACAGCAAUUCUAUUUGCACCAGUUUGUGCCUGGCCAACCUGAUUUGAACUAUCGCAACCCUGCAGUGCAAAAAGAAAUGGAGAAUGUGAUCAGGUUUUGGCUGGAACUGGGGGUGGAUGGAUUCAGACAGGAUGCAGUGGCCCACAUUUGGGAAGAUGAUCAGUUCCUGGACGAGCCUCUGAGUGGAAAACCAAACACAAAUGCCGAUGACUACGCCCAUUACCAACACAUUUACACAACCAAUCUGCCAGAAACUAGGGACGUACUGAAAAAUUUUUUCAACGUUUUCAAGGAAGUUGGCGAGGCUGAUGGAUAUCCCAGGGUCACUAUGUUAGAGGUCUGGGGGGACCCCGCGGAACAACUCAAAUAUUACAACUGCAGCAAUUUUCCAUUCAAUUUCGGAUUUCUUUUAUUGGAAAACUUGAGUGAUCCCACUAAAAUAUUAGCCACAAUUGACAACGUGUUGAACUCAAUCCCAAAGGAGUUAACAAAGAAUUGGAUCCUGGGAAACCAUGAUCGAUGGAGGGUGUCCAAUCGAGGCCUGAACGACCCAUUAAUUGACGCCUUCAAUAUUCUCACUUUGGGCUUACCUGGUGUCACCGUCACCUAUUACGGUGAAGAAUUAGGCAUGACCAAUAACAUGAACAUUAGUUUCGAAAAUACAGUGGAUCCCUCGGGUUGUAAUUGUGGAUCGGACCUCUACCUAACGGAGUUCUGUUCUCGUGAUCCGGAAAGAACUCCUAUGCAAUGGAACAACCAGGUUAACGCGGGUUUCAACAAUGGCGCCAAGCCCUGGCUUCCGAUCAAUUCCAAUGCAGAUGAGCUGAAUGUGGAAUCUCAACGUUAUGACAGUCCAUCAAGUCAUUGGAACAACUAUCGGAUCAUGGCCAAUCUCAAGCGCUCCCAUCCGGCUUUUGCCUCGGGCGAGGCCCAGACUCAGUUGGACGGAAAUGUAUUGGCAGUGGCGAGAACGUCAGAGGUCGACCCAGAUUCUGUAUUCGUCAUUCUUAUCAAUUUUGUCAACACCGAUGAGGAAGUUGACAUCUUAGGGGACUUUCAUUCUUCCAAGUCAGAAGCUACGGUGGUUCUAGGAACUCUGGGCAAGAACGGGCAUGACAUUGGGGAUGUGUUGCAAUUGAGCUCUUUUGUGUUGAGGCCGUUUGAGACCGUUGUGCUUCAGUACUAAGGAUGAAAUGGUCUUCUUGGCUUGAUAAAUAUUUGCUCAUAGCACGACUACAGAGUUCAUUUCUCUUAUUGACUACUUAAUAUAUUUGAUCUUACAUAACGUGUUUGAUCUUAACAUAAAAGAUAACGAUUGUCGAUGCAAACUUGAAUAAAAAUAUCAACGCGAA